AUGAACAAAGACGUCGAGACCAAUUCCGCGCUCAAGCGCACAGAUACCACCAACGAGGCCAUCCGCGAUGCGCAAGACCUCGCAGAAUUCGGUCAUGACCAGACCAUGACGCGCAAGUUCAGCAUGUGGAGUAUGCUUGCGCUCGCCUUCUCCGUGCUGGGCACCUGGUCGACCUUUGCCCAGGGCAUAGACAGCGGCUUGACCAGCGGAGGCCCCAUCGCCAUCCUCUGGGGCCUGUGCCUCGUCUUCGUCUGCAAUGUGUGCGUUGCUGUGUCGCUGGGCGAGAUGUGCAGCAGUAUGCCCACGGCGCUGGGCCAGGCUUACUGGAUCUCGCGACUGUGGCCAACGCCGUCGGGACGCUUCUUUUCCUACCUUUGUGCGUGGAUUAACAUGACCGGCUGGAUUACGUUGUCAGCGUCGCAAAUUGCAUUCAUGACUGAGUUCAUGCUAAAGAUGAAGAUUCUCUUCAAGCCCGACUGGACGGGUGCGGAUAAAGGCUGGGUUUUAUUCCUCGUCUAUCUUGGUGUAACUACGGCCAUGACGCUCUUCAACGUGGUGGCUUGCCGAAAGGAUAUCGUCCUCCCAUGGUUUAACAACUUUGUGGGCGUGUCCUUCGCCAGUCUCUUCUUCAUCAUCAGCCUGGCCAUGCUCAUCUCGGUCGGCACAAAGGACAACCUAUCUUUCCAGCCUGCCAGUUUCGUCUUUGGAAAGUGGAUUAACCAGACCGGCUGGCCCGAUGGUGUUACGUGGUUCAUGGGCCUUGUCCAGGCCGCCUACGGUCUCACAGCAUUCGACGCCGCCAUCCAUCUUGUUGAAGAAAUUCCCUCACCACGAAAGAACAUCCCCCGUGUCAUAUGGCUCUCGGUAGUCAUCGGAGCCAUCACCGGUUUCAUCUUCAUGGUGGUCUGUCUCUUCUGCAUUGUGGACAUGGAAAUUGUCACCAACCCAUCUACCGGCCUUGCCUUUAUGGAUCUUCUCAAGCAGACCGUCGGCCUGCAAGGCGGAACUGUCCUUCUGACGCUCUUCAUCGUGAACGGAGUUGGUCAGGGUAUUGGAAUCGUAACGACCGCUUCGCGAUUGACUUGGGGUUUUGCUCGAGAUGGUGGAAUUCCGUUUAGUGCCUACUUUGCGCACGUCGACAGCAAGUGGAAGGUUCCGGUUCGUGCAUUGUGGCUUCAAGGUGGAGUAAUGGCUCUGAUUGGAGUCCUCUACACCUUUGCCUCAACUGUUCUGGAAGCUAUUCUCAGUGUCAGCACCAUCGCACUCACAGUUUCUUACGGAAUGCCGAUCCUGACACUCCUCCUCGUCGGCCGAGAUAAGCUCCCACCAGGAGAAUUUUCACUUGGACGAUUUGGUUCCGUCAUCAACUGGAUCGGAGUCGUUUACUGCGCCAUCACCACCGUUUUCUUCUUCUUCCCCGGCGCGCCCAACCCAGCUGUCGCAGACAUGAACUACGCCAUUGCGGUAUUCGGCAUCAUGCUUGUCGUCACGCUUGUCUUCUGGGUCGUCAAGGGCCGCAUCACCUAUCUCGAGACCGAGGAGGCGCAGGGAAACAUCAUCUACGCGCAACGAGCGGAACGAGCCAAUUACGUUGACGUCGAUGUUAGUGCCAAGCGGGAUACGGCAGCCCCAAGGGAAGUUUCGGAGGGAGGGCCUAGUACUUGA